GUGACGAGCUGAUCCGCGUCAGGUCGCGCUGGUAGGUACAGGCCGGAGAGGCAGGACAGAGCGCUGCGAACAUGCCGGCCGUGUCGAAGGGAGAUGGGAUGCGAGGAUUGGCCGUUUUCAUUUCGGACAUCAGGAACUGUAAGAGCAAGGAAGCUGAGAUCAAACGGAUCAAUAAAGAGCUGGCCAACAUUCGCUCCAAGUUUAAAGGUGACAAGGCUCUGGAUGGCUACAGCAAGAAGAAGUAUGUUUGCAAGCUGCUUUUCAUCUUCCUGCUCGGCCAUGACAUUGACUUUGGACACAUGGAGGCAGUCAACCUACUGAGCUCCAACAAGUACACAGAGAAACAGAUAGGUUACCUGUUCAUUUCAGUGCUGGUAAACAGCAACAGCGAGCUGAUCCGUCUCAUCAACAACGCCAUCAAGAAUGACCUGUCCAGUCGCAAUCCCACCUUCAUGUGCCUGGCGCUCCACUGCAUCGCAAACGUUGGAAGCCGUGAGAUGGCCGAGGCCUUUGCGAGUGAGAUCCCGCGGAUCCUGGUCGCUGGUGAUACGAUGGACAGUGUGAAACAGUCUGCUGCCCUUUGUCUUCUGCGGCUUUACAAGACUUCACCUGACUUGGUGCUGAUGGGUGAGUGGACGUCACGCGUGGUGCACCUGCUCAACGACCAACACAUGGGUGUGGUGACAGCAGCUAUUUCUCUCAUCACCUGUCUGAGCCAGAAGAAUCCAGACGAGUUCAAGACCUGUGUUUCCCUGGCUGUUUCCAGACUGAGCAGGAUUGUGUCUUCAGCCUCCACUGACCUGCAGGAUUACACAUACUACUUUGUGCCCGCACCGUGGCUCUCCUGCAAGCUGCUGCGCCUGCUGCAGUGCUACCCUCCGCCAGAAGAUGGCGCCGUCAAGGGCCGUUUGGUAGAGUGUCUGGAGACCAUCCUCAACAAGGCCCAGGAGCCACCUAAAUCCAAAAAGGUCCAGCACUCCAAUGCCAAAAAUGCUAUCCUGUUUGAGGCCAUCUCACUUAUCAUCCACUAUGACAGUGAACCAAACCUGCUGGUGCGAGCCUGUAACCAGCUGGGCCAGUUCCUGCAGCACCGAGAGACCAACCUGCGCUACCUGGCUCUGGAGAGCAUGUGUACUCUGGCCAGCUCCGAGUUUUCCCACGAAGCUGUCAAGACGCACAUCGAGACCGUCAUCAAUGCCCUCAAGACUGAGAGGGAUGUGAGCGUUCGACAGAGGGCAGCCGAUCUGCUGUAUGCCAUGUGUGAUCGCAGCAAUGCCAAGCAGAUUGUAGCAGAGAUGCUCAGCUACCUCGAGACGGCAGACUACUCCAUAAGAGAGGAGAUGGUGCUGAAAGUUGCCAUACUUGCAGAGAAGUAUGCCGUGGAUUACUCCUGGUAUGUGGACACCAUUCUCAAUCUAAUUCGCAUUGCUGGCGACUACGUCAGCGAAGAGGUGUGGUAUCGCGUCAUUCAGAUCGUCAUCAACCGAGACGAUGUGCAGGGCUACGCAGCCAAGACGGUCUUUGAGGCCUUGCAGGCCCCUGCAUGCCAUGAGAACAUGGUGAAGGUUGGAGGCUACAUCUUGGGAGAGUUUGGUAACCUAAUCGCUGGUGACCCACGCUCCAGCCCCCUGGUCCAGUUCAACCUUCUCCACUCCAAGUUCCACCUGUGCUCCGUGCCGACCCGCGCCCUGCUGCUGUCAGCCUACAUCAAGUUCAUCAACCUCUUCCCAGAGACCAAGGUCACCAUCCAAGAGGUGCUGCGCUGCGACAGCCAGAUCCGCAACUCAGAUGUGGAGCUGCAGCAGCGCGCCGUCGAGUAUUUGAAGCUUUCUUCCAUUGCUAGCACUGAUGUCCUGGCCACAGUCCUGGAGGAGAUGCCUCCCUUCCCAGAGAGGGAGUCGUCAAUCCUGGCUAAGCUGAAGAAGAAGAAGGGGCCUGGUGCUGUGUCUGUGACGGAGCUGGAAGACAGCAAAAGGGAGGGCGGGGAGUUGAAUGGAGGGGCAGACCGGGGGCCAGACACAUCAGCCCUUGCUGCCUCCAAUGCUUCCACCCCGUCGCCGUCGGCAGACCUCCUCGGGAUUCGUUCUGCUGCUCCCAUUAACGUUGCUCCCGUCAGUGCUGGCAGCCUAUUGGUGGACGUGUUCUCUGAGGCAGGGCCCGCUGUACCCUCCGCUGCCGUGAACGAUGACGGUUUCCUAAGAGAUCUGGAACAGCCCACCGAGACCUCUGACUCCCUAUUGGUGGAGGGUUCUGAUGACUUGGACUCCGCUCCUCCCUCUGAGGAUCCCGCUCCUCCUCUGUCUGAGGCAGACGAACUUCUUAACAAAUUUGUGUGCAAGAACAACGGAGUUCUGUUUGAGAAUCAGCUGCUACAGAUCGGCAUCAAGUCCGAGUACCGUCAGAAUCUGGGGAGAAUGUACCUGUUCUACGGUAACAAGACAUCAGUGCAGUUUGCCAGUUUCACCACCACAGUCAGCUACCCCGGGGAGCUGCAGUCUCAGCUCAACGUUCAGACCAAACCAGUGGAACCACUGGUGGAGGGGGGAGCUCAGAUCCAGCAGGUCCUGAACAUUGAGUGUCUGACUGACUUCUCUGACGCCCCACUGCUCAACAUCAAGUUCAGAUAUGGAGGAGCUUUGCAGAACCUGACUCUCAAGCUGCCUGUCACCAUCAACAAGUUCUUCCAGCCAACUGAGAUGGCUUCACAUGACUUCUUCCAGCGCUGGAAACAGCUCAGCCAGCCUCAGCAAGAAGCGCAAAAGAUAUUCAAGGCCAAUCACGGCAUGGACACUGAAGUACUGAAGGCUAAGCUCCUUGGACUCGGAACAGCCCUGCUGGACAACGUUGACCCCAACCCGGAGAACUAUGUGUGUGCUGGAGUGAUCCAGACGAAGGGUCAGCAGGUGGGCUGUCUGCUGAGACUGGAACCCAACGCCCAGGCACAGAUGUACCGUCUGACUCUGCGCUGCAGCAAGGACUCUGUGUCCAGGCGUCUCUGUGAGCUGCUGGCCGAACAAUUCUAGAGUCCUCACUUCUACCAGAACCAGUGGUCCCACCAUCCCCACCAGCGACCUGUCCCUCUAGCCUCCUGCCGCACCUCUCCUCCUCCCUCCGACAAAAGAAUCUUUGAGUAAAAAAAAAAAGGUGUAACCAACAUAAGGGAAAAAACAGCCGCUGUAGCUACGCAGCAACGGCAAUACUAUCGUCAUUCUUCUUGUCCCAGAUUCUGAUUCCAGUUCAUCCUUUACUCGUUUAUUAACAUGAUGCGACAUUCUUUUUUUGUUUUGUGUGUGUGUGUGUGUGUGUGUGUGUGUGUGUGUGUGUGUUAGAGAUAUCAUUUAUAUGUUGAACGUUCAAUGAAGUCAAAUGGGAGAAGCCGUUCAUCGCACACAUGCACUCAACUGCGCACACACGCACACAGACACACACACACACACACACACACACACACUGAGUCCCGUGGUUCUGAUGGGAUCCACUAAUGAAGUGAGACCUGAGGGUCCAGUUCUCUACGCUCUGCUGCUUCUGCCCACUCAUUUCUGUCAAGUAUUCCCAGUGAAGAUGCAUUUCAGGUGUUGAGCCCCCCGUCUGUUCCUCUUCAGAAGCCCCAUAAUGAUUAAUUUCAUUCAACUAGUUCACUUAUGUUUGUUGUUGAUUUGUACGUAAAAAAAAUGUGCCAGUGGAUUACUUAAUGCUUUCUGAGACAUUCCCAUUGUGCUUGUUUAGAAGGCCGCUGGUUAUCUUAAGCAGAAGGCCGACACUUGGUGGCACUGUAGUUGACUAGAGCAGGCGAAAGACCUGCGGUGUUCUGGACCAUUCGCCACUGCUCCUCAUCAAUAGGUGGGGAACCUCAACCACACGUACGUCCGUCUCUUUUACAACUGAAGCCUGCUACUUGAAAAUGCUCACAGUCAAACCAAAAUCUCACCUUUGCACGGGAGAAGAAAAUGCACUUGAAAAAGAGAUUUGUGAGAUUUGGGUUUAGGUGUUUUCAAAAGGCUGUUUCAGUUUUACAAGAGACAAAGAUGAGAACCCUGUGGUUGGAUAAACUUUCCUCACAUCCAAUGUAGUUCAGACAUUUCCCCAAGCUUUGAUAUUGGAAGCUGGGCCUGUGGAGGAGACGUCUCCAUGUUAGAGCCAUCAUGGCAACAGAGGACACUAUUACUGGCUUGUCACCAGUGACUACAUUUGACGGCUGUUGAGAUGAAGUGCACAGCGUUAGCCAGGAUUAUAGCGGAUGCCUUUUGGUGAGGCAGUGGAGCUCUGUGCAGACGCUACAGGAGCAGAAUUUAGCAUCAACAUGUAUGACAGAGAGAUCACUCUGCUACAUACACAGAUUUAUAUUGCUGCUUCUCCACAUCAAUGCCCGCCAGUCUGAUACGUGCACAACCACAGCAGUAAAUGUCGAGGCAACCCCAGAAUCUAAAGAUUGAUGUUUCCAGCCGUCCGACUCUUCCUGGGCCCUCCUGUCACGAACAAGUACUGAUCAAUGUAGAUGUUGUAGAGGACGGGAUGUGAGACGCCUAGAGGUCCAUGACAACUACCAGGGAUUUGUUGUAUGUGUGUGAAUGCGACUGUGGUUGUUAGCAGGAGAGGAGAAAAAAAAGGCCUAAAGAUAUUUCUAGUACAUGGUCACAUUCCUUUCUGUGACUGCACGGAAAUCACAGGACAUUGGACUUUGUAGUGCAAAAUAUAGUAAUUUUGUCAUUCUGUGAGUGUGUGUAUGUGAGUUAAUGUGUGUGUGUGUGUGUGUGUGUGUGUGUGUGUGUGUAUGUAUGCAGUAUCCACUAGCUAAUGCAGCCUCAUUUAUCGGUGUUAAGAAUCUGUCCAAUACUUGUGUUAGCAUAAAAAUUUACUCUGUAAUGAAAAAAAAUGUGAAAGUAAAUCUAUGCCAUAUAUCGGA